AUAUUUUUUAAAUUUAAAUCUAUUAUAAUUUUAUUUUUAUUUUUAUAAUAUCAAAAUUUAAUCUCACAGAUCCUCAUCUCAUCGCCAACCUUGCUGUCGUUCCCGUCACUGAUGCCUUCCCUUCGCUGAUGCUACCUUUCCCGUUGUUGCCCUUACCGUCGCCCUUGCUGCAGCCGUCUUCGCCCUAGAUGCAGUCGCCUCCACUCUUGCUGUCGUAUUGUCGCUGCUGCCGUCUUCUCAGCCGUUGCUGCCGUCUUCUCAGCCGUUGCUGCCGUCUUCUCAGGCCACCAUUGUUUAAUAAAGAAUCUUAAUAUUUCUGCUAGUCCUCUUAUUUUCCUUUCGAUAUCCAUAUGGUAGGUAAAUCCAACCUGCCGCUACGUUUCAGAACAAUGACUGCAGAACCAAAAACGAAGAGAGGGGAACAAAAAUAAUUGCAAAUAUAGAAGUCAUCCUUUUUAUGUGAAGAAACUAAUACAAAUUAAACAUAUUUGAGAGGAAACUAUGCUUAUGUAUAUGAAACUCCAUAAUUUCCAGGGUAAACUAUUUUACACAUUCAUUUUCCCGAGAAACAAACAACCCUUUAGCAGAUUCAGUUCAUCAUGUGUAAAUAUCCCAAACGUUGUAGACCUCAUCGCGAAGCAACAUUGGUCAGAGCUCAAAACCCAUCUCAAGAGUACAAACCCCAUUGCUCUCCUUCAUCAAUUACUCAACUCAGGAGCAAACUCAGAUCUUACUCUCAGGUACUUUACUUGGUCCCAAAAGGAGCUUAAACUUUCACACUCUUUAGAACUUACUUUCAGAAUGUUGCACUUGCUUGCAUAUGCUAAAAAGUAUUCAAAGAUCAGAUCUUUUUUGGAUAAUUUUGUUCAGAAUGAUAAGAAUUAUCCAGUUUCUUCUAUUUUUCAUGCAAUUUCAGUUAGUGGGGAUUCCUUUUGUGCUAAUUCUAUUAUUGUUGAUAUAUUGGUAUGGGCUUAUGCAAAGAAUUUAAGAACCCGUUUAGGAUUUGAGGCAUUUAAGAGAGCUAGUGAUUAUGGGCUUAAGUUGUCUGUUACUUCUUGUAAUCCAUUGAUGAGUGGUUUGGUUAAGGUGGGUGAAAUUGGGGAUAUGGAAUUUGUGUAUAAGGAGAUGAUUAGAAGAAGGAUUGAACCUACUUUGAUUAGUUUUAAUAUUGUGAUUAAUGGGUUGUGUAAAGUAGGGAAAUUGAAUAAGGCUGGUGAUAUUAUUGAGGACAUGAAAGUGCGAGGGGUAUCAGCAAAUGUGAUUACUUAUAAUACUCUUAUUGAUGGCUAUUGCAAAAUGGGUAAAAUUGGGAAGAUGUAUAAAGCUGAUGCCAUUUUGAAGGAGAUGAGGGCAGAUGGGAUCUGCCCGAAUGAGGUCACAUUUAAUAUUUUGAUUGAUGGAUUUUGUAAGGAUAAAAAUGUAUCAGCUGCAAUGAAGGUGUUUGCAGAAAUGAAUAGGCAAGGUGUAAAACCUAAUGUGGUUACAUACAAUUCAUUAAUUAAUGGGUUAUGUAAUAAUGGGAAGGUUAACGAGGCUACUGCUUUGCGGGAUCAAAUGGUUAAUUCGUGCUUGAAGCCAAAUAUCAUUACUCAUAAUGCUCUUCUAAAUGGGUUUUGCAAGAAUAAGAUGGUGAAGCAAGCGGGUGAAUUAUUUGAUGAUAUGCCAAAACAAGGAAUAACUCCUAAUGUUACUACCUACAAUAUAUUGAUUGAUGCUUACUGUAAGGAUGAAAAUAUGGAGGAUGCGUUUGCAUUAUAUAGAAUAAUGUUAGGCAAGGGGGUAUGCCCUGAUGUUUCAACAUACAACUGCUUAAUUGCUGGUUUAUGUAGAAAGGGAGAUUUGGAAGCAGCUAGGAAUCUUGUAAGUGAAAUGGAUACUAAGCAUUUGAAAGCUGAUCUCAUUACAUAUAAUAUAUUGAUCGAUUCAUUAUGCAACAAAGGGGAAAUGAAAAAGGCCUUAAGACUCUUGGAUGAGAUGUGCAGAAAAGGAUUGAAACCGAGUCAGUUGACAUACAAUACCAUGAUAGAUGGCUAUUGCAAGGAAGGAAAUCUCAGGGCAGCGUUAAAUUUAAGGUCACAAAUGGAGAAAGUAGGGAGACUAGCAAAUGUUGCCACAUAUAAUGUGCUGAUAAAGGGGUUCUGUAAGAAAGAUAAACUUGAAGAUGCAAAUGGGCUUCUUAAUGAGAUGUUGGAGAAGGGCUUGAUUCCAAACCGAAUGACGUAUGAGAUCGUUACAGAGGAAAUGAUGGAGAAAGGCUUUGUUCCAGACAUAGAAGGACAUCUAUAUAAGGUUGCAGUCAGCUCUUAAACUUUGUAACUGAACAAGGGGCGGUUAUCAUUGUUAGAUAUUGAAAUGAUGGCACUGAAGAAGCUAAAUGGGCUUUCACAUGGAAACUUGUACCUGACUGCUUAACCCGUGCAGAUAUGGAACUGAUGUGUGUGGAUCAUCUUGGAUCCUGCUGACUGCUGUAGGAUGGUACUUGUUAAAAGGAACUGCUGGUGCUUAGCAAGUUGUUGGAUUUUGUCAACCUUUGCCUAUACAGGUAGAUAUAUCUAACUUUUGGUUGAGUAUUCUGAUUUUGUGAAGGUCACAAUGCAGAAUUGCAUGUCAAAUUCUUGAUUAUGGCAAACUAUUGGUUCUCCCAAAUGUAGCAUUGUCAAAUUGAAAUCAAAGUAUGUAUUUGCACUUGCAUUGCAAAGAAGUCGAAUGAUGUAAUUACCUGAAGUUUCUUCUUUAUUUCAUUAGUAGUUACUUAUUUGACUGAA